AUGCCCAACACCCUCUCCAAACCAAACGGCACUACCUCUGCCGCCUCGUCCAAUGGAGACGACAAGGGCAAGAAGCAGGUUGAACUCCAACCCUCCUUCACACCCACUCUCCUCGAACGCCUCGGCAUCACCUCCUUUCACCUUCUCAACAAGUUGAUCCCAUGGUACAAACUCCCCGGCUUCAUCGGCGCCUUCAACCUGGCCUUUCUGCGCAUCGAGCUCCGACAAUACAACCUGCACGACGCCUAUGCGACUUCCCAAGCCCAAGGCAGUUCCAUCACCGACCCUCUUCCCAACGAACGAUACCUGGGCGCCCGUCACUCCGAUGGCAAGUUCAAUGACUUGAAACAGCCAAAGAUGGGAUGCACGGGCAUGAGGUUCGGGAGGAAUUUCCCGCGGGAGGUUUGUGGAAAACCCAGCGAAGCGGAGCUGAUGACGCCGAAUCCGAGGAUGAUUAGUGAGAGGUUUAUGGCGAGGAAGGAAGGGAAGUUCAUCCCGGCGACGACACUGAAUCUGUUGGCGGCGGCGUGGAUCCAGUUCCAGACGCAUGAUUGGUUUUUCCAUGAGCAGGACCCCAACGAGAAGCUCAACGUCCCGCUCUCUGAGGACGACAAGUGGCUUGACCAGCACAUGCAGUUAUACGCCACCAAGCCAGAUGAGGCUCUCGACCCAUCCGACAUCAAGUGUCCCGGGUACAAGAACCUCAACACCCACUGGUGGGACGGAUCACAAAUCUACGGCUCCUCCGAGUCCGUAACACAGACGCUCCGCAACCGUCAUCCAGACGGCAAGUUGUCCCUGGACAGUCGCGGGCGUGAGCAAUUUCUCCCUCGGGACCAGGUUGGAAAUGUCUUGACGGGCUUCACCGACAAAUGGUGGGUGGGAAUGGAGAUUCUGCACACGCUGUUUGCGCUGGAGCACAAUGCCGUUUGUGAUGCGCUGCGCAAGGAGUAUCCCGAUUGGAGCGGAGACCAGAUCUUUGACAAGGCGAGGCUGGUGAACUGUGCAUUAAUGGCCAAGAUCCAUACGGUCGAGUGGACACCGGCGAUUCUAGCGCAUCCGGCGCUGCAGAUUGGAAUGGCCGCCAACUGGUGGGGGAUUGUCGGGGAGAAGUUGACCAAGAUCGCGGGAAGACUGUCCAAGACGAGCGAGAUCAUUAGUGGAAUUCCCGGCAGCGGAGCGGAGCAGGAUGGGACGCCGUACUCACUGACGGAGGAGUUUGUGUCAGUUUAUCGGAUGCAUUCGCUGAUGCCUGAAACAAUCGCCUUCUUCUCCGCCACCGACGGCCACCACGUCACCACCAUCCCCGUGGUCGACACCACCUUCACCAAAUCGCAAACCCCCUUUGACGACGGUCUCUCCUUCGCUGACGUCUUCUACUCCUUCGGCAUCAACUACCCCGGCGCCAUCACAAACAACAACUACCCCGAUUUCUUACGCAACCUGCGCACUCCCGACGGCCAAGUCCGCGACCUCGGAACCGUAGACAUUCUCCGCGACCGCGAGCGGGGCGUCCCUCGCUACUGCGAGUUCCGGCGUAUGCUUCGUCUUUCGGUUCCCAAGACCUUCGAAGAACUUACCGGCGGCAACAAGGUCCUAGCCAAAGAACUGGCAGAAGCCUACAACAACGACAUCUCCCUUGUGGAUGCUUUGGUUGGAUCCCACUCGGAGCCGGUGAUUCCAGGGUUCGGAUUCAGCGAGACGGCGUUCAGGAUCUUCAUUCUCAUGGCGAGCAGGAGGUUGAAGAGCGAUCGGUUCAUUGCCGGCGAAUGGAACGAGGAGAUGUACACCAAGGUUGGGUUCAAGUGGGUGCAGGAUAGCGGGAUGAAGGAUGUGUUGGGAAGACAUUUCCCGGAGUUGAGGGAGACGUUGAAGGGGAGCAAGAAUGUGUUUGCGCCGUGGGAGAUGAAGGCGGGGAGCAAGGAGUACAAGGGCGUGGAGACGAAUGUGUAG